CUUCGUUACCGAUCAAAACGAAUUUCUUUCUGUCUCUCUCUCUCUCCCUUCUUUCUGUUUACUUUUUCCUGCAACUGUUUAAAGUUUUGUUUAUCCAGCAACAACCAUGCCUAUGAAACCUGAAGAGUAUAUCGACGUCACUCCCGAAAAGAACCACUACUCCUUGGAGCACUUUGUCAUUCCCAAGCACUAUGAAAAGGACGUGUCCAGCAUUCUGAUCCCACACGGUGUCAUUAUGGACCGUAUCCAAAAACUUGCCCGUCUCAUUGUGGACGACACAACUGGUCCUCUAGUUGUAUGCUGUAUAUUAAAAGGUGGCCACCAGUACUUUGCUGACCUUGUAAACCAGAUCAAGGCGUUGACUAAGAACAACGGUAUGAGCGUGCCCUUGAGCUUGGAGUUCAUUCGCGUCAAAUCCUACAAGAACGAUCAGUCUGAAGGCGUCACUAUCUCGCUGAGCGACAGUGAAUGCCAGGAUCUUGCUGGCAAAAAUCUGCUUAUUGUUGAAGAUAUCAUCGACACCGGUAAAACCAUGGUUAAAUUGCUGAAACGCCUCCAGGAUUUCAACCCAAAGUCGGUUCGCGUCACCAGCUUGUUGGUCAAGAAGACUGAGCGUAGCAAUGGAUACAUUCCUGAUUAUGUCGGUUUCGCUAUCCCUGAUGCUUUCGUCGUUGGCUAUGCAUUGGAUUACAACGAGUAUUUCCGUGACCUCGACCAUAUCUGUGUUAUUAGCGAACAUGGAAAACAAGCAUAUGCUGUUUAAUAAGUAUACAAAGUGUUGGAUGGUCGCUUUUCUUAAUGGGGACAAGGGUGGAAGUUACCAACAAGGGAUGAUGUAAUCAAUCAAGAUAAAUAGAAAAGAAACCAUGAGUGUACAUAAUAUGAAAAUCUAAACAUCCGCCUUUGAAAAGCGUUACUGCUGUUAUCGUUAUUGUUGUUGUUGCUGUUCCUUUCUCACUGCUGCGCGUUUUGCUUCAAGCUUAACCAACUUGAGCUUGUCAAGCUCUUCACGUGUAGUCCUAGAAAAACAUUUUCGUCAAAGGCCCGUUCUUUUUUUUUCUGCAACCCUGAGAGUUCGCAGUCAACUUUAAAUAAGUAUUUUCUUACCGUGUAUUCAAGCAGUUGUUCAUUGUCUUUAAUUUAUCACGGCAAGUCCACAUUACUGUAAUGU